AUGCAUACAUCCCAUUCAAACAAGAAAAAAUCUUUGUGUAAAACUUGCAGCAAAUCACCAAGUAUUUUCUUUUGUCAGGGAUGUCACAAAGAUUUUUGUAAUGAUCAUGCCAAAGAACAUCGACAAGAAUUAUCAAAACAAUUGGAUAAUAUUAUUCAAGAACAUGAUAAUCUUCAACAAAAUCUCUUUGAAUCUAUGGACAAAUCACGUACUUAUCCAUUUAUGAAAGAUAUUGAUCAAUGGGAAACAGAAUCGAUUGAAAAAAUUCGUCAAAUUGCUGAUGAUAUUCGAGCAAAAGUAUUAGAUAUUGUCGAUAAUCGUACUGUUCGUAUAACAAAAGGCUUAAAAAAUCUUACCAAAGACUUAACUAAAGCACGUUUUGAAAACAAUUUUAUUGAAUAUGAUUUAAAAGAUUGGAUGGAUAAACUUAACAAAUGGAAUAAAUAUUUAAAUUCAAUGCCAUCCAUUAGCAUUGUUCAUGAUGAAAAAGAUACAAUAUCUAUACAAAAAAUUAAUAUAAACAUGGAAAGAAAUGAAUUUUUUCAUCGUGUUGCUGGCAAUAUAAAAAUUGAAGAACAUGGUCAAGUUAUUAUUGCGAAUUCAAAUGAUCUUUCAACAGUACGUUGUGUAGGUGAAUAUUCAUCAGGACAACAUAAAUUUCGUUUUAAAAUUGAACAAUUCAGUACUAAUAAUUGGAUUUGUUUUGGUAUUGUUUCAAAAGAUGCACCAAUACAAGAAACAUCAUAUCUUGUUCUGACAAGUUUUGGUUGGAUUGCAAAUGGUUGGAUAUUACUUGAUGGAACUAGUCAACCAGGAGAUAAUAAAAUUAAAAGUGAUAUUAUACAAGAUGAUAUAGUUGAAUUAUUUGUUGACUGUGAUCAACGAAUACUUCGUUUAAUUAAUGAACGAACCAAAAUUCAACAACAGUUAGAUAUAAACAUAGAGACAUGUCCAUUUCCAUGGCAGCUUCAUGUAGGUCUUCGAUAUCAAAAUGAUCGAGUACGAUAUCUAAAAUCAUAG